AGAGGAACACCGGAUGAGACCAGGAACUGGACGAGUGGGGGAAGUGGUUGGAGGGUGAGAUGUGAAGAGGAAAAGAGGAAAAACAACUGGUCUGAUUCAGAAGAGAAAAAACAAUGGGAGUGGCUGGAGCAGACACGACUGUGGCAGCGUUUUAGUCUCUAUUUCGAGGUUAGGAAUGAGAAGUUCUUGCUCUGAAUACCAUAAUCUUUCCCUCCCACAUAACCUAUUUCUGUGUGGAAGGUGCCAAGGAACUCAGAGAAAACAAUGGAUUCCUUCAAAGUCGUUCUGCGUAUCCUGACCGACCAAAAAGCCACCAUAGGCUAUGGCUUCAUGGCCAUCCUCACUAUAGGAGGCGAAAGGAUGUUCUCCAUGGUGUCUUUCAAAUGCCCGUGCAACCGUGACCAGAACUUUGCCUAUGGGUUAACCUUCCUGCUGGGACCAGCCGUAGUGCUGCUGCUCAUAGGGCUGUUUGUCAGCAACCGCUUAUGGAGGCUCUACACCGGCUGCUGCCUGAACCCCAUGAAGCUUUGCCCCAGGGGCAACUGCAUGGGCUGCUGUGCGGCACUCAUGAAAGUGGUGGCUGGGGCGUGUGUGGCGCCCAUUAUGUGGCUCUGUGUGGCACUCCUCAACGGCACGUUCUACGAGUGUGCCGUCAGCGGUCUGGACGACAACCUGGUGGUGCCGUUGCUUUGCAAGAAUAAGACUAGAUUGUGCCGGGAGGAACUGGCACGGGUUCCAUGCCAGAGAUCCAAGCUCCCGGCGGACGAGAACAUGGAGCUGCUCCUCAUGUUCCGAGCUCAGUCACAGAUCCUGGGUUGGGCCAUCAUCAUAAUCGCAGCUGUGGUAGGUUUGAUUGGCACUUGCUACAGAAACUGUCGCUCACAGGUGAGCUACCUUCAGCUCAUGUUCUGGAAGCGCUACAUGGACAAGGAGCGAGAGAAGUUUGACGUGUACGCCAGUGAAUACGCCACCAAACUAGCAGAGCGCAAUCUCAAGAGCUUCUUUGAGAACCACGAGCCUGGCAUUCCCUUUCCCAACCACAGGGCCUGGGAGCAGGUCUCGUCCCUGUACACGUUUCAACACAGUGAACAGUACUACAGCACCUUACAGCGCUAUGUAGACUGUGCUGAUCGAGACUACGACCCAGAGAAGAGACCUGUCUUGGAAAUGGGACGUCACAUUGAGAUGAUGUAGAGAAGAGAUGCAAGAUUAAUGUGGCACAAGAGAUGGUCUCACAUAGAGAUGACUGCUGAAUGAAAUGUUGGUUUUAGAGGGUUUCAGAUGAUUUGGGUCAACAGCAUUUUCAUCUUGAGGUAACAUUCUGUGUUAUUACUUGAUGAUCAGCAGGUUGUGGCUGGCUGAAAAGAGAAGGGGAUGCCUGAAAGUCAUGUGUCUGCAGACCUCAGGGACAAUAUGCUGCACUUCCUCUAGGCAAAGAGCAUGGACCAUUAAAAACCACUUAGUAAAACUCUAUUACCACAAAGACGACAGGGCCAUCUCUGAAAAAUACUGAGGCCCAUAAACCUCAGCAUCAAUACAGCAUCAUGUGCCUGUAUAAGAUUAUGUUUUUCUUCUAUUAGUGCCUUUCCUGUUUGCAACCACAUACAACUCCAGCUUUUGCUUUCCUAUUGAGACGUGUGGCACUGGCAAUGUAUUUCAUAUUCAGCCUCUGUUAAAGGGAUGCUUGAUUGGUUGGGGAAGUUGAUGGUCAUGUUUUUUUAACUGCAGUGCAUAUAUGGUGUGAUACAGUAGACCCCAUUAUCAGCUACUGGAUAAGCAUAUGACAAAAAUCUCAAAAUGAGAAAUGACUCCCAUAUCACAGUAUUUUAUAUGUACUAGAUGUGUUUGUUUGUGUUGUUCAUACAAAAGACCAAAUAAGUUAUGUCCAGGUAUUGCACAUAAUGGAAGUUUUCAGUACUUAUAUUCAUAAUUGUAUGAACGCCUUAACAUGCUUGUAUGCACAAUUCCAAAUAAUAUCCAUCAUGUCUGCCUCCGUGUGUGUUGACAUUAUAGCACAUGCAUACAUACACAUGAUCAGUUUAGGAUUUUAAUUUAAACUUAAACCUUAAUGCAUCUGGAUCUUAUCUUAAAAUAUGUACUUAAAUUGUAUUCUUUGUUAACAAAUAACAGCACAAACCCACUAUUACUAAAACAAAAAAUGUUGCACAAAAUAUGUGUAAUAGGCUAAUGACUGUUUACCAUAUAUUAUUGGGUGCACCAGGAAAAUAAAUAAACCUCCUUUUGAUACCAGA